AGGGGCGAUGCAUACGUUGCCCAGUUGAGCAGCUUGAAACAUGAUCCAGCGGCGCCUCGACGAGGCAGGGCUAUAGACUAGAAGCAUAGUGUUAUCACACCGCUGUACCAGAGUUCGGAGAGAUACCUGAAUAGGAGCGAAGAGAAAGAGUAGUGUAGAGAGAAUGGGAAAGGGAGUAACUGGGAGCAUUCAGCAUCUGACAAAUCAAAGGCACGGUGUCUCAUAUUCCUGCGUAUAGCAGAGGAGGAUGGAGCGUUGCCGGUUGAGCGGAUAAGAUGAUCUGUUUCUGGAUACCAUUGUGUUUUUCUUCGCACCAAUAGGAACAUGUGUUUUCUGGAGGUUUGAGGAAAGCGAUGGUUGCGUCACCUUCAACUGCGCUGUCAAUCUCAUUUCAAAAAGCCACAUCAUAAGAAACUCCGUGGGGAACUGGCCUUUUGGAGGAUAUGCAGAAAUAGGAUCGGCUUGGUUGUUAAAUUAUUUUAGCAAACCAAGCAUUAAAACCAGCGGUUAUCAGUUUUAUGUAUACCAGUAUGAUGAACUCUUUUUUUGAUACUACGCCGGCUGCUAUGAUCGAUACAGUUCAUGUCAAUCGUAUGUCCACUUCUGGGUCGGGCGCGGUAACCAGUGCUCUGCGAAAUGAUUUGGGGUCCAAUAUCCAUGUACUGAAGACUCUGAACCUGCGGUUUCGCUGUUUUCUUGCUAAGGUUCAUGAACUAGAGCGGAGAAACAAAUUAUUAGAGAACCAACUGCAGCAAGCCUUGGAGCAACAACGAUACCAAGUAUACACACGUGAAGUAGCUGUCCAAACCGACUCUACCGAAUCCCGACUACCUGGUACCAUUUGGAGUUUCACGCACGUGAGGAGACACGGCGAGCGCUAUGAGACUCUCCAGGGGCCCGGUGUGUCCUGGAAUCACCCGGACGGUGUUGGGGUCCAAAUCGAUACCAUCACACCAGAAAUAAGAGCUCUGUAUAAUGUUUUGGCUAAAGUCAAGCGAGAGAGAGACGAAUACAGGAGAAGAUGGGAAGAGGAGCUGAACAGACGAGAGCAUAUGGAGUCCAUGGUGGAAUCCAUGCAGGAGAGUGCUCAGGAGUCAGAGGAGAUCCAGGAUGAACUGAAGGAGAAGGUGGACAGGCUGAAGGCUGAGCUGGUGGUCUUUAAGAGUCUCAUGAGCGAUCAAAUGUCUGACCUGGACUCUAAGAUCCAAGAGAAAGCCAUGCGGGUGGACAUGGACAUCUGCCGGCGCAUCGACAUCACCGCCAGACUGUGUGACGUGGCUCAGCAGCGCAACUCAGAGGAUAUGUCCAAGAUGUUCAAUGUCAGCCCGGCCAGGUCACUCCCAGAGAGGGGCGCCACGGCGUGCUGCAGGAAGGAGCGCAGGCCUGUGUCUGAUGAGGACAGCUCUGAGAUGGAUGCAGACCCCAGCACCUCAGAGGAGGAGGAGGUCCCUCUUAACAUCACUGAUGAAAUGAAACGAAUGCUCAACCAACUACAUUGUUCAGAUGAUAAUUGUGUUGCCAGGAGGGAGACGUUUGACAUUGAUGACGACUGUGACAGCCUGACGUGGGAAGAGAAUGACGAGACCCUGUUGCUAUGGGAGGACUUCACCAACUAUAACAUACAACCCAGUGCCAUCACCACAUCAAACUGCACAGCCACCAGCGCAGCCAACAGCAACACAGAGGAGCCUGUCUCUCAGGAUGGAAGCCUGGGCAGCCUCAUAGAUGAGACAGAAUCACUAUUCAAGACCAGAGAGCAGGAGUACCAGGAGACCAUUGGCGCGAUUGAGAUGGAGCUAGCCACAGCGAAGAGUGACAUGAACAGACACCUGCAUGAGUACAUGGAGAUGUGUAGCAUGAAGCGUGGUCUGGAUGUGCAGAUGGAGACGUGCAGGAGGAUGAUCAAAGGGGGCAGGAACUCUCCCUCUGUCAGCUCGGUGGCCAGCAGCGACUCAGGGAAUACUGACGAGAUCCAGGAAGAACUAUUGGACAAGGACGGAGAGGCUGAGGUGCCAAUCAGCUGAUGGCUGUCCUGCCUGGCACCGCCCCUCACUCCUCCACUCACUGACGUAUAGCUGCUCACAGAGCUCCACCCUGCUUGGGGGUUGGCCCGUUUGGCACUGUUGGCUGGGGGUCCUGAUGGUCCUAAGGGUCUGUCCCACUCUCCCAACUGGUGCUUAUUGUCUCUGUUCUCAUAGGGAUGGAGGGGGACGGUGUUCCUUUGCUUCACAAGUAUUAUAAGGCAGAGGUGGCACAUACAAUAUAGUGUCAGCUGUGCUCUCUUCCUCAGUGCUGCCUUGCUGGUUUCUUCAACCUAAUCAGAGCUCAACAAGAACAUCCAGCAAAACAGUCAACCUUAUCAAACCAGUCAUACUGGCUCACUAUUAGCAUAUUCGAAACAGUUGCACUGUCACCAUCGUCAAUCUGUUGGACUGAGGUGGACAGUCCAUUUGGUCAACAGGGAACAACAUACACAACAGUAUUCACCAGUGAGAAUAUAUGCCUGAGUUAUUUUAAUAAUCACAAAUCAAGAGCAAUCACACAAUUUUCUACUUGCAUGUACCCCAUGGAUGUAGAUGGAUCAUUCACGUACAGUACAUGCACAUGUACAAUUGGGUAUUGAAAUGUUCUCACCAGAGUCAAUACAAACAAAACAGCCUGACUGGACUCUCCAUGGUUACCAGUGUUUACUGGGGAACGGAGCACAGCCCUUUGCUGCAUAAUGCAUUGUUCAAGCUCUAUGCAAUUUAGCUAGCCUUAUUUCAGGAUGACCUUCCCUACCCUUCUUUUCCCUUAUGAUUAGCCUUUUUAAGCUGGGCAGGUGUUUUCUAGUUGUCAUUCAGAGUGCUCAUGUGUGUUCUCCGAAGUGGAAGGUGCAGAAUUGUCUCAAAAAAGGGAAAUGUUGGAACAUUGACCCCUAGUUGUCUUUGUCAAAGUCAUACCCCUUCCCUCCCUACCCAUGUUAAUUUAAUGUCUGUAAACAUGGAAAAGAUGAUCGAAAAUAAUAUGGAACAAGGCGCCAGCAAAUAUGCUGUUUUUGAUUUGUAUUGCCUUUUGCUGAUCACUAUCAUACUAAGCUUCAGCCAAAUUUUGUAAUUUCCCCUAAAAUGUAUAUGUUAUGAUUGGUAGAACUAAGUUCUUGAUUGUCCCUUGGGCUACUCUUUGGUAAGUCCAAAGGUCGGUUGAGAGUUAUUGGUAAACUGUUUGUCCUCUCAGAGAGAGGGUAUGGAAGAUAUAUUACACAAAACAAUCACGGAAACUGGCAACACCAUGUACAUUGGUUGCUAAUACAAUUCCUAACUUAUACACUGUACAAUGCCAUAUUUAGGUUAUAUUUUUGCCAAUCUGGGUGACUAACAUCAAAUGGCAUCUCACAAAAACUCCCCUCCCUUCUGUCCAGCCUAUCAUAUUCCGUUGUCCCAUUGUCAUGUGCCCUGGAUUGGGCUUAGAAUAGUUUGUACAUACAUAAGAGACACAGGAGGUUGGUGGCACCUUAAUUGGGGAGAACUGGCUCAUUGUAAUGACUGAAGUGGAAUGGGAAAAUUCAUCAAACACAUGAUUUCCAGGUGUUUGAUGCCAUUCAAUGAGCCGUUCUCCCCUCAGCAGCCUCCUGUGAUAAGAGGGCUGUUGGCAUGUAAUCGUAUACCCUAGAUGCCUUUCUGUUCAUAAUGCGCUAUACCUAAUUAAUUUUGUUGUAUUACAUUCAGUCUAAUGAUUUUCAUUGAACUAAUCAAUUAACAAAAUUGAUGAACGCACAAGGAUUGGGAGAGGUUUUCUGCAAGUUAUUUUUCAAUUGGUUUAUGAAAUGUUGUUAGUUUGCAGAAUCAAGGACAAAAGUGCUAUUUGUAUGAUGAGGGUUUUAAUAAUUACAUUUGUCAUUGCAUUGUCUCUGUGGGGAAGAGGGGCUAUUGCAUUUGGUUGUUUCUCUGAAUUGUUUUACAUUUGAACUAGAGGCACAUCAUAGUUGCAGUACAAUAGUGUUGCAAUUCUCUAAAUCAAUUCCUGUAGCUUUAAAUGGGCCUAUAGUCCAUGAAAUUGCAUUAUACAGAUUGAAUUGUGAGUGUUGAGGCAGAAAUGAAAUAUUCUCUGUAUCAUAUUCUGUUAACAUCAUGGAUGGUCAAAAUGGUCAGGACACUUAACUAUUUCAUCUGACACAAAAAGGCUGGCCCAAUCAGUCUAGUGUAUAUUAUUUCCUAAACCAUAGUAAAAUAUUCAGAUACAUAACAUUCAGUGAGAGGCCUUAUUCCCAGCUAACCAUCAAAAUACAUUGUAUAAGAUUUAAAACCAGCAUGACGUAAGCCAUGUUUUUGCUCGUCCUUUGUUGCACCAUACAGUGUAGGCUGGUAACCAUUAGGCCUAUGCCCUUAUUUCUCAUGAUGUCUCAGGAUGUCAUUUCUACAAAGAGAACAAAUCAGAUAACAUAC